CUUAUUUUUAGAUAUAAAAUUUUUAUUAUUUUUUAGAGCAUUAGAAUAUUUUGGCAUGUACUUUGCAAUCAUGAUUCAUGUUGCAAAAAAGAUUAUUUCCUUUUUAAUACUCUUACUUAUUGUUGUAAUAAGCUUUGCGCAUGCGUAUUAUAUUUUAUUAUUACCAAGAUCCGAUUUUUCAUUUGGGCAACGUACUAUUAAUAAUGAUCCUAAUAAUCCUUGGAAUUUGGCAUCUACUUAUAAUCUAAUAUACGAAAAUGGGACUGUGGAUUCUAACCCAUUUUUGAUUCAACCACCUAAUGAAAACACAAAUAUGUUUAUAGAUUUUAAAACAUCACUUUUUGCAACUUAUAAAUUCUUAACAGGUGAUUCAGGCGCAUUAACUAAUUGGUCAUAUUUAAACAAUCCACCACAUGUAAUUUUGAUUGUCUUAUUUUCACUCUUGGUUGUUGUAUAUCUUAUGAAUUUGUUUAUUGGGUUACUCAAUAAUGAGAUACAAGCAAAUAAUAAUAGAGCAGCUUAUUUUAUGCAGAAGGCACAGGUUCUAGCUGAAAUUGAGUUAUUUUACCUGUUACCAUUUCAGAGACGUUGGAAGGAAUGGUUUCCUGAAGUAAUGCAUUAUUACGCGAAUGUUGAUGAUAUUCAAAAAGUAAUCCGAGAAAUGAAACCAAAUAAAUGGAAAAGUUUCAAAAAAGCGUUCCCAGAAUUAGGACAAAAAUUAUCAAAAAAAGUUCAUAGUGAACCCGAAGGCGAGGAGGAGUAGGUUAAAAUUAAGUUAGGAAUAUAUUUAUAUUUUUAUAUAUAUAUUAUUUUUUAUUUUUAAUUUUACAUUUUGAUAAUUGGGAAUUAUGGAAAAUUAUUUGUUGUAUCCCAAAGGUUUGUAAUCAAUUUAUGAGAAAAUAAACAAACGUAUUUUUUUGAAUAUUUUAUUUAAUAUAAAGA